CCCUGACUUCCCGUCGACAUGCAAGUAGCUUGUACACAGGUCUGCUCUGCCCCUUUGCAAAGGGCAGUUAAAAACCACCUGGUACUUUGGUCACAGAGCCAGUAAGCCCACACUCUGACCUGGAGACACGGGGAGAGAGAAAGGGCAGGAGUGAGCUGUCUGCCCCCGCAUGCGUUUCUGAGCCCCAGCUUCUUUCUUGUUCUACCUUCCCUUCUGACCCAGGACCUCUGCCCUUGGAGAGAGAGACUUGGCUCCUAAAUCUGCCUGGACCACUUUCAUGCCUGAUCCUGCAGAGGCAGAAGUGCGCACAGGAUCCCCUGAAACUCGAGUUACAGACCUUCUACACUGGUUAAUCAAGAGUGAAAAGUCUGAAGAGAUGCAAGCAGGAAAACGAAAUUAAACUAGGCCUGAGGAGUGAUGCAACAGGCAUGAUGGAAGUCGAGUCCUCCUACUCAGACUUCAUCUCCUGCGACCGGACAGGCCGUCGGAAUGCAGUCCCUGACAUCCAGGGUGACUCAGAGGCCGUGAGCGUGCGGAAGCUCGCUGGAGACAUGGGCGAGCUCGCACUUGGGACAGAAGGACAGGCAGAGGGAAGUACCCCAGACAAAGAAGCCAGCAGCCAGCCCGAGAGCAAUGACACGAACACCUCGUCCUGAGUCUGCCUGUGUCCUACAGGCUAGAAGAGACCUGCUGUACCUCCUGGACUGGAGCCCUGGCCAGUCAGGCUGACUGAGAGGAUCAUGGAGUCCUCUGUGGCCCCCACUCCAGCAAAGCCCUCCACCCACACCACAGGCUCCACUCCUCCCCACCUCCCCACGGUGCCCAGGUACACUUCGAAGACACUAGCACCACAAGAUGUUAUUUAUUCAGCUAGGUGGGGCUCAAGCCAGGCCCUGCCUCUAGGUGAGCAGCUGCCACCUGGAUAGGGACUGUCCUGGACAGGGACUGUCCCGUCAGCCACUCACCCCUCCAGCUAGCCAUCUGUCGGGAAGAUCUUCCUAGCCCUUUUUUAAAGCCUCUUUUACAUUUUUUAAAAACAUAACUUUUUCAGAGAGAGGGGAGCUGACAAUCACUUUUUUCUGUUUUGGUUUUUGGUUUUGUUUUGAAAGCCGUUUAAAGCUCAGUUCUGAUGACCUAUGCAGCUCUAAGUUCCCUCACGGAGCCUCACAGAUCCAGUUUUGGGAAAGGAUUUGGACUCAAAACUAACUGACCAAUUCUUUGCCCUUUGUACCAAGAGACUGAUACUUAGGCCCAGGAAAUAAAUGCUGGUGAUUUGUGUGA